GUCUGCUAUAAUUUACAAUAACAAUAACUUAUUAGAAAAUGAUUUUAUUAUUAAGAGAAAUCACAUUGGCACUAAUAUUGCUAAUAUGUAGAGCACAGGUAGCACAUGCAGGUGUAUGUCCAUCUAAUCCCGAUACCAUCAAACCGUGCACGUGUACGCCCACAACCAUAGCAUGCGAGACAACUGAUAAAUUUGAAUUGGAUGUUGUUUUAGGACUGAUAGCCAAAGGUCAGGACCCUCAAGGACUGGCAUUUGACACAUUCAUAUUGAAUGCCUCUGAGAUCAGUUCACUAGAUCGGGGAGUUUUUCAUGGACUUACUUUCAAUAAUCUUAAGUUUAUCGACUGUUUCCGACUAUCGUGUGUAUCGAGUGAGGCAUUUGCCGGACUUCAACCUAAUGUGACGUCAAUAUACGCGAGUGACACUCAUUUUGAUUGGUUCGGACGUCGUGAUUGUAGUAUUUUUGAAGCAAUCAGAUACUUGAAAAACUUAAAAUCACUUAAAAUAGUUAGAAGUAAAAUAACAGAAAUACCUGAUAAUGCUUUUACUGGCAAAUUAGGUCAAUUGAGUGACUUAUCAACAAUUGAUUUCAGUGGAGGACAGGGAGGUGUUAUCACACAAGUCGGUGAAAAAGCUUUUAAUGAUCUGCCGAAUGUCCAGUUAAUAGAUCUAUCGAGACAUAGGAUUUCAUCGAUAAAAAGUCAUGGUUUUGAGAUAACAUUACCAAUAAAAAACAGUUUACUAAUUAAUUUAGAGCACAACGCCCUAAAAAAUAAUAGUUUUGGCAAUUCAUGUCUAAAAACUAAUGUCAAAACAGAGCUCCGUUUGGGCGAAAAUAUUAAUCUUCACUGUCUUAACGAAGAAGUUUUUGAACCAUUUUUGGUUAAUAGAAGAAAUAAAACUGAAGAUAAUAUAAUUGAUUUAACAAUAACUCCUAUUGAUUGCUCCAAAUGUAAUCUUUGGCUUUUGGAAAAUGAAGUGAAUCUCAAUUUAAGAGAUAAACUCAAGAAUAUUCUGACUUCCGAUGGCAUCGAUUUCUGGAAGAAAACCAAAGAUGACUGUAGUGUUAAUUCUGUUAAUGUUUUAUAA